UGGCAUUGUGGGGUCAGUCAAGGUGGUCGUGGUCAUCCAGGAGGAAGCAAAAGCCCAGAAUUUGGUUAACAGAUAAAUAAUUAAACAAUGGGGAAAUUCCUUGCUGCGGUGGCCGUGAUUUGCGGGAUGGUCAUGAUGGGUCAAUCUCUCGUUGAACUUCCCUGCUCCGUGGAGAACUCGAAGGACGGAAUUUAUACCUUCACGGUCAAUUCCACCUCCCGAAUCGGGACGUUCAACAUGUUUUUCGUCCAACACGAAAUCACCCGCCUGAUCCCGUGGGCAGUUACGGCGGUUUACAAUUAUCUCAACAAUGAGCAUGACGUUUCCCGCGUCGAUAACUUCCGAGAGUACGACUGUCCCGGGCUGAAUCAGACCUCCUGCUCGACCUCGUACCGAAUGACGCCUGAUCAUCAGUCCUACUCGGGGAAAACGUCCUUCGAUCGGGGUCAUCUGCAUCCGUCUCAUGCCUUUACCUAUUCGCGAAAUGCGAACGAUAAGACAUUCUACUGCUUCAAUAUUGCGCCACAGGAUCCAAGCACGAAUCAGGGACCUUGGAACGUUCUGGAGGGAAAGGUGCUGUCAUAUUUUACCAACCGUGCCGGCUAUGUGAUAACGGGCGUCGGUGAUCAGGAGGCCAUCUUCUCACCCACGAAUACCGGCUACACCGUGCCCAACCACUACUGGAAAAUUGUCUGUUACAAAGACGCCCAAGGUGCGACGCAGGUCGUUGGAUGGAUCGGAAACAACACGCUCAGUCAGGCUAAUAACCCGUCCGAAGCGGAUGAGAGAAAACGGUCGACAUAUUUACCAAGAUCUCAGCAAGACAUCAUGAAUACGAUGAACAUAAAUAAAAUUCACCUUUUCCAAGAAGCCUGGGUCGGUGGGGAGACGUACCUCUUGGAAGAUCGACUAGAGGACAGAUUACCCACCGCGGACGAGUGCUGGAUGAAGAGAGACAUGUCUGACGCCGUGAGACAAGAGUGGGCCAGCUAUAUUGGCUAGAGUUAGAUAUUUUGAACAAUCCGAAAUUUUAAAUUGUGACCAAAUUUUGAAAUUUAACUAUUAAAAUUGUAUUGCUCAA